GCCCGGCCCGGCCCCGGCCCCGGCCGCGAAGCCGAUAGAGAGCCAGCAGCCGCCGCGGGAGCCGGAGCGCGGCUUGCCCCGUCGCAGCAGCCAUGGGCUCCCUGCAGCAGCGCUUCCAGAGCUUCCUCGACCAGCCCAGCCUGCUCACCGACCUGCUGGGCCGGCUGGAGGCCAAGACCGGCGUCAAGCGCUACUAUCUGGCCACAGGUACCAUCGCGUUCCUGGGGCUGUACCUCCUGUUUGGAUAUGGCGCCUCGCUGCUGUGUAACCUCAUUGGUUUUGUCUACCCAGCCUACGUCUCCAUCAAAGCCAUUGAAAGCACCAACAAGGACGAUGAUACCAUGUGGCUCACCUACUGGGUGGUAUAUGGAGUCUUCAGUGUGGCAGAGUUUUUUUCCGACACCUUCCUCUACUGGUUCCCGUUUUACUAUGCUGGAAAGUGCCUGUUCCUGGUCUGGUGCAUGGCGCCCAUCUCCUGGAAUGGCUCCCACGUGUUGUACCAAAAUGUCAUCCGGCCCUGCUUCCUGAAGCACCACCAGACAGUAGACCACGUGCUCAGUGACCUGAGCAGCAAGGCACUCGACACUGCUUCGACAGUCACCAGAGAAGGAACAUGCGCGCGCUCUCCACCCUUCUCUCGUUCCGUAACUUUGUGGCCAGACAGAGCCCUGUCUCCUCUCCGCAGCGAUACGAAUCGGCUCGUAAUCUCUUGCCUCUUCUCUGUUUUCUCUCUCUUCCCUUGUGCCUCUCUGCACAGUCCUCCAUGCGCUGGCCAACAGCAGAGCCCGUCUGGUGUCCGAGGGGGCCACAGCUCAGCUUGUCUCAUCCAAAGCAGCAGUGCACCUUGGUCUAGAAUCUGACAAGACCAAGUGAGGACGGAGCUCCAAGGUGCCGGCUGUUCUGAGUUUCCCACUGCAACUCCCUAAACCAAAGGCUUGAAGUAACCCACGGGCACCUGUCAAUAAACCAGUGAUUCCUCUUCCCACUCUGAAACCACAAUGGCCAGUAGCAACAGCAAGCAACUGGCUCUAAGCUGUCUAAGAAGUACACCUUCCAGAUCUCCCCAAACCUAAAGAGCUCCAGCAGAUAUAAAAUUGCGGCCAGGCACUUGCUGGGAGUCAGCACCUAGGCACUGUUGGACCUUCUGAUCUCAAAUAGAGACACAAUUUGGUAGUUCCUGUUUUGCAGGCAGCCGUUAUUCUGCAGGAAGGCUGUCAGCUCUGCACUAGAUCACAGGGGCUGCUGGUGCAUUUUCCCCAAUCGUGUUUUAUGACGUAGACCACAGAUUGGAGGGGGAGGCAGGCCCCUGGAGCUAGCCUGAGACCCGCCCGUCUAGUAUUUUUGUGACCUGAGCUUAGGUGUAGAAUCAUGAUGCAGUAUAACUCCCGGCUAUAAAGCCUUCAAGCCCCCAUCCUGUUUCCCCCACCCCCAGGCUACACAGUCAUCCUAACGCAGGAUCCUUUGCAAUAAACCACAGCACAAAAGGGAGAAGUAAGUGGGUUCUGUAGCCACUGGCUCUUCAGCUGUCAACCCACAGGUUGUUUUUCUGUCUCCGGCUUGUUCAGUUUUCACUUCAGCAGGCUCGGGUCCAGCCCCAGAGCAGGCAGCUCUUCUCUUCCCCUCGCACACCCCGGCCUUGUGCUGCCCCUCUCUGAAGACAGGGGCCAAGCUUCCGGUAAACAACCAAGCCGGGAGAGGGGCGGGUUUGCGAACAAUGCUGGCUGAAACAGAAGGAUGUUCAUGCCUGGCUUCAAGGGGAGGGAGUUCCAGACUAUUCGCUCUUCUGCAAUCCCUAGCAAUAGCACACCACAGAGGUUGCUGCUCUGCUUUGUGAUCAUAAAACGAACCACAGCGGCGUGCUGUGGGGGCUGCAGGGAGCUCUACGGGGCAGCAGAAGUGGGGAAUUAACAUGCACGUGAAGCUGUUACCUCCAGGGAGAUCCUGCGAUCCACAGAAACGUUCAGCUCUUUAAUCCUUUCGAAGGAGGAAAAAGGCAGCAGUCCUGCGUGACUUUGGAAAUGCUGACUCACGUUUUUUUAACCCUCUGCUGGCACUACCCUGCUAGCGGUUACGCAGCUGACUGAACGUCCAUACCAGUUCAGAGUCUGCCUCUGCCCGAAUCCCGGCACUGAGUGCAGCUCCAGGAAGGGGUCCCCAGGGAGUUUUUUGGUCUCACCCAGGCAACAGCAGUGCAGUAGGGGACAGGUGCCCUUUGCGGGGAGGGGGAAGUUAGCACCAACCUGUGAGCAGCAUGCACUCCAUAGCCUGCGGGCCUGCAGCUGUGCUUCCAUCCUAGCAGGCUGCUUUGGCAAUCAUACCUGUCCUGGAAGUCUGGUUAGGUGUUGGCUCUGCAGUUCACUUCCAGAACUGGACAAGGCAGGGUCUUCCAGUAGGGUGCGUGCUGUGGGCAGGAUGCUUUCAGGGCAUGUUUGCUUUCCAGUGCUUUGGCAUCCGGCUUUUGCUAGCUUUGACAUCUUUCACUAAACCAACAAGCUGUAACUUAACUUGGACCAAAUCUUAAUCCUGUUUGAGCUUGGAAAACUCUGAUCUUAGGCUGCCCCUUGCUCCCUCCACACUUCAGACCCUGAACUCUAGCAUGUCUGUGUUCUGCUUGCAAUUCACCAUCUCCGUCCUCUUUAGAAAAUAAAAUGUUAAUGUCUCUAAUUUACUUCAUCAGAUCCUGGCAGGGGGCAAUCUCAACAAGCUGUGAAUUCUGUAGGGAGCAACAGGCUUCCAUUUGUCCUCAGUGGUAACUCCAUCAAGGUACAGCAGUUCAUGUACUGGCUGCUUUUUUAUUUAAAAAAAAAAAAAAUUGCUCAUAACGGGAUUCUCUUCCCCCCCCUCAUUUGUAUUCAUUUAUUUUGUUUGAAACCGAAUAAAUGUGACUCAAACUUG